AUGUCACCGCAGAGCAGCACGGAUGUUUCGCCCCAAAGUUCCGUUGGCACUGGUCGCAGUACACCACUUACCGAGUGCGACUCUGAAGAACUUGCUGCAACCUGUCCAGUGGGAAAACGUGAUAUCAGCGACGUUUUGUCAGAACUCUUCGCCGAGAAUGUGACAGCCAAAGCACUUCGUACCGCACACGCCGCACUGUCUGCGCUCCCACACGAGUUUCCAGAGAUUGUUCCGAUGAACCAAGAGUCAAAUGGCAAAUAUAGUCUUCGACCGGCAGACUUUUGGACUUGUGGUUUCUUUCCGGGAACGUUAUACGCAGUCUUAGAAAGGCUCAUUAAGUAUCCGCAAAGCGUUCAAGCCAGCGAAUCAAUAAGCAAAGAAAACCUUCGCCGCGAGUUCGCCUCUCUCUGUGAGACUUGGAUCGAACCGAUUCGGAAAAUGGACAGCCGUACGGAUACGCAUGAUCUAGGUUUCAUCAUCAUGCCGGCACUUCGAGCUGACUGGGAACUCCUUGGAAAUCAACAUAGCCUAGCCUCGAUCAUUCGUGCGGCCCAUAGUCUAGCAACCAGAUACGUCCCAUCGUCAAAGGCCAUCAGGAGCUGGGAUCUGCUUCGGAAGAAAGAUAUCGAGAUUAUAGACCAAGAGAGCAACAUGAUCGUCAUCAUUGAUAGCUUGUGUAACCUCGACUUGCUGUACUAUGCUGCUCAUCAUUCUGGAGAUGUGAACUUGGCGCAUAUGGCGACAGAGCAUGCAAAGACCGUGUUGAAAACACACCUUCGGCCGGAAAAAUCACUUCAGCCUUGGGCAGUUGGCGAGUCGGAGGCAUAUCAAGGCCAGUGGUAUUCAACUUGCCAUGUCGCAAAUCUCGAUCCAAGGACAGGAGAGCUCAAAGCGCGUCUUACAGCGCAAGGCUACUCGAAAGACUCAACUUGGUCUCGCGGGCAAGCCUGGGCUAUCAUGGGGUAUGUGGAGACGUACGGCUGGACCAAAGAUCGAGUAUUCCUUGAGACGGCGUGUGGCUUAGUUGAGUACUUUCUCCAUCGCUUGUGGACUGCUCCAGCAUCUGUACUCUGCGGAAGACAUGUCCCUCUGUGGGACUUCGAUGCGCCACUGGAUGAUGAGCGAAUGCCACUACGAGAUUCCUCUGCAGGUACCAUUGCUGCAAAUGGACUUCUUGGGCUUUCUCAAGCGCUGCUGGGAGUUCAGGAACCGGCACUUGCAUCGAGAUAUCUUGAAGCAGCGGUUGCAAUCAUUGAAGGCACUCUCAACUUUGCGUUGGCAUUUGAGAAGACGUGCCUGGUGCAGGAUGCGAAUAGUAAGAUCAGCGCAGAAGAGACCAUUGCUGGGAGUCGCUUCGACGGGAUUUUGAAGUUUGCAACUGCCAAUAAUAACGCUACCGCCAAGAAACGAUAUGCAAAUCAUGCUCUGGUGUACGGAGAUUACUACCUUGUGGAGUUUGGCAACAGGCUUUUGCGAAUGGUUCUGGCAUAG